AUGGUGUACAUGCAUCAACCAAUGGGUUUUCGACACCGCGACUUUCCUGAUUAUGUGUGUCGUCUCAACAAAUCCCUCUACGGUCUCAAGCAGGCUCCGCGAGCCUGGUAUCAGCGAUUCACCUACUUCGUCACUUUACAAGGUUUUCGGCAAAGCAAUUCCGAUAACUCCUUGUUUAUUUAUCAUCAUGGUCAUGAUAUCGCGUAUCUUCUAAUCUAUGUCGGCGACAUUAUCCUUACCACGUCGACUGAGGCUCUCCGUACACGGUUAAUGUCUACAUUGUCUGGGGAAUUCGCUAUGAAGGAUUUGGGACCCUUAUCAUAUUUUUUGGGUAUACAGGUGACCAGGAACGGCAAUGAUCUGUUUUUGUCUCAACAGGCUUAUGCUAAAGACAUUAUUCAUCGAGCAUCCAUGGACUCUUGUAAACCAGUUGCUACACCGGUUGACACUCAGUCCAAACUGUCCGCUACCUCCGGUCCCUUGCAUGAUGACCCAUCUACCUACCGUAGUCUAGCAGGCGCGCUUCAAUAUCUUACUUUCACUCGCCCAGAUAUAUCGUAUGCUGUCCAGCAGAUAUGUAUGCAUAUGCACGCUCCUCGGCUCGAGCACUGGAAUGCGCUUAAGCGCAUCAUUCGCUAUAUUCAGGGCAAAGCCGAUUACGGUCUGCAUCUCGGCUCGGUCACCAAUAUGUCAUUAGUUGCUUACACCGAUGCUGAUUGGGCUGGAUGUCCUGAUACUCGUCGCUCGACCUCCGGCUAUUGUGUUUACAUGGGUAACAAUUUACUCUCCUGGUCUUCUAAGCGUCAGUCCACCAUUUCACGCUCCAGUGCUGAGGCCGAAUACCUGGGUGUGGCAAAUGUGGUUGCUGAUAUAUGUUGGUUACGUAAUCUGCUUCUCGAGCUUCAUCAUCCUCUCACCCGCGCUACUCUAGUAUAUUGUGACAAUGCAACUGAAGUGAGGCUUCGGGAAGCCGAGCUGGGAAUGAAACACGUCAAGGGUGAUCUCUACGGUACGUGGGUGACUUAUAAAAAAAGCACCGGGUGGAUUAUCAAGCUACUUGAAGAACCGAACAUACCCGAAUGUCUACAAGUCCCCACUUCUGUUCAUGUUUUUGGAAGUUUAUAA